GUCAAGUUACGCAGCUCUCGUCUCAUCCCCACUCUCAUGCCCUCCCAAAUCAAAAUGGGUGAAGAAAAUCUCCGCGUCCUAGCGGAUGCCCAGGGUGGGGUUCUGCCGCGGACUUUGAAGUUCCGGCCUCCUUUCUCCUCGCUUGUCUCACCCGCAAGUCUCCACUUUUUCGUCGUCUUUUCUCUGUUUCUCGUCGUAAAUCUCUGUCUGCCUGGUCACCGCUCUGGGGAGAACUCCGAGUCUCCUUCCUACGCUCUCCACGCCGAAGCCAAAAAAGUUCUUGGCUUAGCUCGGGGGGGAACCUACGAGCCUGUCGCCGACUUUUGCUUUUCAAUCCCAGAGGGACAGAAAGGUCGAAUCAUGGCUCAAACUAUGGUUAGUGCGACUGGACAUGAGCUCGUCAUUCUCAACAAGACAGAAAGCGAGGUUCUCGCAGGUCUCAGACGCGACAUUGAAAGCGGCGCCGGCGAGACGCCUGUCUGCCACAAACUCAUCAACAGCGCGCGCGUACGAGAACCUCUCGUCGGAGGUGUGCCGAUGGAGUUCCGAGACAGCACUCCUUCCCUCUACGCCAUGGACCUCGCGGUGGACUCCAACGUCAAUGAACAACACAUCACAGUGUGGAUUACUCGAUGCAGAAACAAUGCGCCAGUCGACGCCAUGUACCACCUGCAGUUCACGAAUCCUGGUGGAUUCUGGGAGCGGCAUUUCUCUUGCGAAGACCGAGGUCUCCUGCCCCUCUAUCUUAUGGCCUUGGUCGUGUGUGCCCUAAGCAGCCUGGCUUCGCUCUCAAGCUGGCGAGCAUUGGAAAGAAGCUCCUCGUCUCCCGUUCCGUCUCUCUCUGCCGGGAGUCUCUGUGCGGUCAUUCUGUUCUCUCUUUCUGUUCUCCUCAACACCAUCCACCUUCUCGUCUACGCAUCUGACGGAGGAGGCAUCGGCGUAUUAAAAUUUCUCUCCCAGUUUUUCGACGCUUGCAUGCGUUGCUUGCUGUUCGUUCUCAUCGCCUCUGUGGCGACGCGUUCGUCUUCUGGAGGUCCCGCAAUCGCCGAGCAGUAUCACGCCUUGGCAGUGAUGGCGGCGGCGAUCUACGUACUUUGUCAGCUGGUUUACAACGUCGCUGAGUCUCAGGCGUACACUCAUCUAUCCGCCUACUUUUGCCUGCGCACAGUCUGGGGUGUCCCUUUCAUGCUCGGAAAUGCCAUUGCCGCAGGCUUCGUCCUUCUCGUCUGCGUCAACAAUGCGCUGUUUGCUGGAGACGCGGCGAACCGGCGCUUUCAGACGAACUUCGCAACAGGCUGCCUCGUCUACUUUAUCGUACCUCUUGUCCUUGUCCUUGGAACGAACGGCUCUUCGUUGACAGACUCCGCCACCAUGCUCCUCCUCGAGUUCGUCGCUGCACACAUUCUCCAGAGACUUCUCUGUCGGCCGCCAGGUGGCGCCGUCGGCUCCGGAGCGAAGGGUCUCCCCGCCUCUCUGCAGGAAGCGCAUCCGUACACUGGCAUUUGAGAGCGUUUUUCCUUGUCUUUCCCUCUUCCAAAUCCUCUAGGCCUCGCCAAGGGAUCCGCGCAUCCUUGCGUCGUUUCUCGAAGCCGUUUUCCUGUCCGUUUGUCUGUCUUCCUCUCUGGAGCGCGCUGGGGCUCCCCAGACCUGCUGAUGGUGUUCUUUCCCUUUCCUCGGUGUCUCGCUUCCAGUCCCCUCUCCAUCUUUUCAUCUUGUCCGUCUCCUCUGAAGUACGUCGUGGUUUCGAUUUCUCCGAAGAACUGCACUGUGUUGCGUAGGAAUGCAUCGCGAGUCCGACGCGGCUGG